AAGUCUGAACAAAGACUCAUACAGAGGGAAAAAGAACGAGUUGGGAAUCUGAGAAAGGGUCAAAGACGAGAGAGAGAGAGAGAGAGAGAGAGAGUAUUACAACUUCAGAAGACAUAGCAAAGGUCAAAAGAAAGAACAAGAAGAGGAGUCUGUGUGUGUGACGAGAGACAUCAGGACGAGAGACGGGGAGAGAGAGAGAGAGAGAGAGAGAGAGACUUUCACUGCCUCUGAGUGGAAUUACAGAUUGCUGGACGUCUCGUCACAACCACACACACACACACCGACAGAUGAUGGACUAAUCGUUCUCCACAGUCAUGUCGUUCUUUGGCCUUGACUGUGUGAAAAAGAAAGAGAAAGAGACAGAGAGAAAGAUUCAGGCAAAUAACAGGGAAUACAACCUCUCCUUCAGAUAUGCGACUAAUGGGAUUAAAACCUCAAAGUACAACGUGCUGACCUUCCUCCCCCUCAACCUGUUCGAGCAGUUCCAGAGGAUCGCUAACGCCUACUUCCUCUGCCUGCUUGUGCUCCAGGUGAUCCCUGCCAUCUCUUCUCUCUCCUGGUUCACCACAGUUGUGCCCCUCGCCCUGGUGCUGACUGUCACUGCUGUCAAAGAUGCCAUCGAUGAUAUACAUCGGCACAAGAGUGACCGGCAGGUGAACAACCGUAAGGCCGAGGUGCUGAUCAACGGAAAGCUCAGAAGUGAGAAAUGGAUGAAUAUUCAAGUUGGUGACAUCGUCAAGCUGGAGAACAACCAGUUUGUCACAGCUGAUCUCCUCCUCUUGUCGAGCAGCGAGCCCCUGAACCUGGUUUAUAUUGAGACCGCUGAGCUGGAUGGGGAGACCAAUCUGAAGGUAAAGCAGGCUCUGACAGUAACAGGAGAAAUGGGAGGAAGUGUUGAGGCCCUGGCUGCAUUUACAGGAGAAGUGUGCUGUGAACCCCCUAAUAACCGUUUGGACAGUUUUUUGGGGACAUUGGUGUGGAAGGGACACAAACACCCGCUGGACAAUCAGUCUGUGCUGCUGAGGGGCUGUACUCUCCGAAACACAGACUGGUGCUUCGGCUUGGUGCUGUUCGCUGGUCCUGACACUAAGCUGAUGCAGAAUUGUGGGAAAUCCAGUUUCAAGAGGACGAGUAUCGACCGCCUGAUGAAUGUUCUUGUGCUGUUUAUCUUCGGGUUCUUGGUGUUGAUGUGUGUGAUCCUGGCAGUGGGUCACGGUAUCUGGGAACACUAUGAGGCCAGUUACACCUCCUACAUCCCCCGAGAGGGGGACAGGGGUUCUGUCUUCUCUGCCUUCCUCACCUUCUGGUCCUACAUCAUCAUCCUCAACACUGUGGUGCCCAUAUCACUCUACGUCAGUAUGGAGGUGAUCCGUCUGGGGAACAGUUACUACAUUAACUGGGACAGACUGAUGUAUGAUCAGCACAGCGACACACCAGCAGAGGCUCGGACCACCACGCUGAACGAAGAGCUCGGACAGAUCAACUACAUCUUCUCUGAUAAAACCGGCACGCUCACGCAGAACAUCAUGAACUUCACCAAGUGUUCCAUCGGCGGCAAGACUUACGGAGAUGUGAUUGACCACUACACAGGACAAAGGAUCGAGAUCUCAGAGGACACGCUUCCUGUGGAUUUCUCCUUUAACGAUCUUGCUGAUGUGAAGUUCCAGUACUACGACGCUGCUCUGUUGGAGGCAGUGAAGCUCGGCACUCCACAAGUUUGCAGUUUCUUCAGACUGCUUGCUCUGUGCCACACCGUCAUGCCUGAUGAGACCAACAAUGAGUUGGUGUAUCAGGCUCAGUCUCCAGACGAGGGCGCCCUGGUGACGGCGGCACGUAAUUUUGGCUUUGUAUUUCGUUCGCGCUCUCCGGAGUCGCUGUGUGUGGUGGAGAUGGGUGAACCACGCUGCUACGAGCUGCUCGCUAUCCUCGACUUCAACAACGUCCGCAAGAGGAUGUCUGUCAUCGUGCGGAGUCCAGAGGGACGGCUCUCACUCUACUGUAAAGGAGCAGACACCAUCGUUUAUGAGCGACUGCAUACGUCCUGCAGCAAACUGAUGGAGGUCACCACAGAACACCUGAACGAAUUUGCCGGAGAGGGUCUGCGCACACUGGUCUUGGCCUAUAAGGAUUUGGAUGAGCAGUAUUUCUCUGAGUGGAAACAGCGCCACCAUGAGGCGAGCACAGCACUGGAGCAACAGGAAGAAAAACUCAAUGAACUGUAUGAGGAGAUCGAAAGAGACCUGCAGUUAAUCGGAGCCACAGCGAUAGAGGACAAGCUCCAGGAUGGUGUGGCACAGACCAUCGAGCAGCUGGCGAAGGCUGACAUCAAGAUCUGGGUGCUGACAGGAGAUAAACAAGAAACUGCAGAGAACAUUGGCUACUCCUGUAACCUGCUGCGAGAGGAGAUGACCGAUGUCUUCAUCGUCUCUGCAAACUCACAUGAGGAAGUGAGGAAGGAACUCAGAGAAGCUCGGAUGAAGAUGCGUCCAGAAUCAGGUGAAGAUGCAUCUUUCAUCUCAGAUAGCAUUCUGGGUAAUGAGCCUAAAGUGGUGCAUGACGAGUUUGUUAGUGGCGAUUACGGCCUGGUCAUCAACGGCCAUAGCCUGGCGUACGCUCUGGAGCACAGUAUGGAGCUGGAGUUCCUGCGUACGGCGUGUAUGUGUAAGACGGUGAUCUGCUGUCGGGUCACUCCUCUUCAGAAAGCUCAGGUGGUGGAGCUCGUUAAGAAAUACAAGCAGGCCGUCACUCUGGCUAUCGGAGACGGCGCUAAUGACGUCAGCAUGAUUAAGGCGGCUCAUAUCGGUGUGGGGAUCAGUGGGCAGGAGGGCAUGCAGGCUGUUCUCUCUAGCGAUUUCUCCUUUGCCCAGUUCCGUUACCUGCAGCGCCUCCUGCUGGUGCAUGGUCGCUGGUCGUACCUGCGCAUGUGCAAGUUCCUCAGCUACUUCUUUUACAAGAACUUCACCUUCACCUUCGUGCACUUCUGGUACGCCUUCUUCUGUGGGUUCUCUGCCCAGACGGUGUAUGACCAAGCCUUCAUCGCUCUCUAUAACCUAAUGUACACAGCACUCCCGGUUUUGGGCAUGGGUCUUUUUGACCAGGAUGUGAACGACAACUGGGGUCUGGAGUACCCUCAGCUUUACGGGCCGGGUCAACUGGGUGUGUAUUUUAACAAGGGGAUCUUUUUGAAGUGUGCCCUCCACAGCUGCUACAGCUCCCUGGUGCUGUUCUUUGUGCCCUACCUUGCCCUGUAUACCACCGCUGACUACCAGUCCUUUGCCCUGCUCACGCAGACGUGCCUCAUCAUCACCGUGUGUGUUCAGUUGGGUUUGGAUCUGUCGUACUGGACAGCGGUGAAUCACCUGUUUGUGUGGGGGAGUUUGGGGAUGUAUUUCCUCGUCACCUUUGCGAUGCAGAGUGACGGACUGCACCAACUCCGGCCGAGCUCCUUCACCUUCAUCGGCACUGCACGAAACACUCUGGAUCGUCUCACCAUCUGGUUCACGAUCGUUCUGACGGUGGUAUUGUGUGUGCUCCCAGUGCUCGUUCACCGCUUCCUGUACAGCCAACUCAGGCCCACUAUCAAUGACAAGGUGAGGUUUUUGGUGCACCAGAUGAAGGUCCAGCCUCCUCCUCCUCGCCGUCGCACCAGGAUCCGCCGCUCUAGCACUCGCCGCUCAAGCUACGCCUUCUCUCACACUCAGGGCUACGGCGACCUCGUCACCUCUAAACGGUUCCUACGCCGACAGGCCCCAGCCCGAGCCGCAGGAUUCACGCCUACAGGCCGCACAGCCCGGUUCAGCCCGACCGGGAAACAGCAGAACUCUAAACAGGAGGCGGAACCUACACAGCUCCAGCUCUAUCGGGUUGUAAAAGACUCUGCGUUCUAGAAAAGGUGAUGGACAUGGAGACCAAAAAUUAGGAGUGGGUUCUAACACAGGAACAUCAGGGACCCUAAUGAGGCAUGGGUUCUAGUGCAAAAAAAAACAAAAACAUGGUUUAAAGUGGUUUGGUGUGAGUCCCAAAACCAGUAUUUGGUGCUUGUUUCAGAAAUUAGAAAUGAUGGUGGAGGUUCGAGAACCCUAAUGAGCCAUCCAAUGCUCCACCUUUUCAGAAUAUUAUGUAAGGGAAGGACUUAGUUCAAGAAUCUAUAUUAGACAUUAGUUCCAGAAUCAAAACUGGGAGCAAAAUAAGAUGCAAGGUUUUGAAACUGCAGAAGUACAGUGCAGUCCAAAAUUCCCCUUUUUAGGGGUGGGGCUUAAAUGGCAAAAAUGAGUUCGAGGAAGAAAUUGAGAAGUGGACUGCAUCGGGUUCAAAACCCAAAACUGAUGGCAAAGUUCGAAUAAAAUUAGGAGCAGGUUCUAGAUUCCAAAUUUGGCAGAGGUUCUAAUCCCAAAAUCAGAAGUUGGUUUUAAAACCAAUAAUGGAUCCAAUAAAUGACAUCAGGUCUGACAAAGGAAAGAAAAGCAAGAGUUCUAGAGCCAUGUUUAGGUGCAAAAAGACAAGCUGGUUCUAAAACAACAGUUGGCAGCAGAAUCUGAAAUCACUUCAGGAUCUAGAAUUAGAGUUAUCACUGGGUUCUCGAGGCAACGUUAAACAUUUAGUUUUACAGCAUUUGUGAGACGAGAGCAGGGUUUUGGAGCAGUGUUUACAUGGUCCUGCUGUUCUACAGAACACAAAAAGGAUGCCCACACACACUAAAGAGAACCAGAUGUUCGCUAAAUGUACGAAAAUGUAUGGCAAUGUUUAGGUGUAAAUAUAAAGUACUGAUAUAUUAA